AUAUGGACAUUCGAGAAGAUCGAUUGUGCCAAAUUAUUUCAUUAUUUUUCGAAAAAACUAGACGUUGGGGUCUUUCUCUAUUUAAAGAUACCUCAUCCUUGCACCCUACACUAUUGUGGAGUAUAUAGAGUAGGGUGCAUUAUCUGCAAGCAAAAAUAAAGAAACAAGUUCCUGGCAAAAUGGUUUACAGCACAAAAGACGAAAUCCCAUUGUAUUCUGGAGUUAAACUUUUAACUCUGAACUACAUUAUUACACUUCAAUUGGGUAAAAGGAAUAUGACGGUACUUGUGGAUACAGGAAGCGAUCUUACAUGGGUUCAAUGCGAACCUUGCAAAUUAUGUUACAGCCAGCAAGACCCUAUCCUGAAUCCAGGCCUCUCCCGUUCAUACAAAUCUGUUGCACGCAAUUCAUCCAGUUGCCAGUCUCUUGAAGGUGCAACUGGGUUUGCAGGAGUCUGUGGUGCCGAUCAAAAAAAUAGCUGCAAUUAUGUAGUAAACUAUGGUGAUGGAUCCUAUACUCGUGGUGAACUAGGACGAGAACGACUCUAUGUCGGUAAAACUUAUGUGAAAGAUUUUGUCUUCGGAUGUGGAAGAAACAAUAAAGGACUAUUCGGAGGAGCUUCUGGUAUACUGGGUCUAGGAAGAAGCAAUCUCUCACUAAUUUCUCAAACUUCCAAAAAGUUCGAUGGUGUUUUCUCUUACUGUUUGCCUUCAACUGAGGUUGAUUCUUCGGGUUCUUUAACUUUCGGCUGGGAUGCUUCUGUGUACAAGAAUUCCACACCUAUUUCUUACACUAAAAUGAUCUCAAACCCAGAACCCUCUACUUUUUAUUUUCUAAACCUUACUAGUUUUAGCAUUGGAGGGGUGGCUAUACAGGCUCCUGGGUUUGCUACAGGUAGAACCUUAAUUGAUUCAGGAACUGUGAUUUCAAGACUUGUUCCAUCAGUUUACAAUACUCUAAAAACUGAGUUCCUUAAACAGUUCUCGGGGUAUCCAACGGCACCAAGUUACUCAAUAUUAGAUACUUGUUUUAACUUGUCAGCGUAUGAAAAUGUGAACAUUCCUACACUGAAUUUGCAUUUUGAAGAUACUGUCAACGUAAACGUGGAUGUGCUAGGUAUGUUUUAUUUUGCUAAAGAUGAUGCUUCUCAAGUUUGUUUAGCUCUUGCUAGUCUAUCAUCAGAAGAUGAAGUUGGGAUAACUGGAAACUUUCAGCAGAGGAAUCUAAGGAUUGUUUAUGAUACUAAGAAAUCUAAGGUGGGGUUUGCAGAAGAGGCUUGCAGUUAUACCUAGAGAAAGAGAGAGAUAAUAAUGAGAUUAUAGUAUGGACAUAAACAUACUUGUAAGCGAAGUACACUGUUUCUCUAGUGAAGGAGUUCCGUCACCUGAUCUGGGAAGGGAAAGAAGAUGUAUAGCUAGAAUUUGACCAACGAAUUUGGUGAUCUAUUUUGUUUUUAAAACUACUUCCCUGCAGCAAAGAGAGAGAGAGAGAGAGGUGUUCAAGUGUUAAGCUAGGAUAGUUGUCUAUAUUGUGCAUUUAGUCGAUGUUGUUGCUAUCAUCUUCCAAGAACUAAGUACUAAAAAUCAUUUGUGCUGAUGAUCUUAAAAAUCAUGACCAGUUACAGUACCUGAGUUCUUUGACACCCAUUACGACCAUCUCUAUGCAAAUCCCAGCUCAGAAGGCACCAAUAUACGUCUGCGCGAACCCUGAAUACACAAGAUCUUCUUUAUAGCAACUGAGAAUGAGAUUGGCAUUUCUUAAUACAAAGAGAACCACGCGGUUUCCGU